AAGUUUAUUAAUCUUGAAACUGCCCUUCUGGUAACCCAGUUCCGCAAAACGAGAGGGAAAACUAAGAUCGCGCACCAAAAAGACGGGAAACAUGUGAUAGGCGUGCGCCACCCCCAGCCAAUUCCGCCCCUGCCCCCGAUACACCAGGCUUUCACCCUUCCACCUCUCGUACUGUUCGCUACUAACACCAUGCCUGCGCGUAGAUUUUCCAGCAAGCCUCGUGUCCGCGUCGCGAGCUCCGACGGACUAGAGCCCGUUAUCGUCGUGCUCCCGGACGGCUCGAUUCGCCUAUUCUCGCAGGACGACCAGCCGCUCGCCGCCCAAACCGUCCUCUCCGAAUUCCCCAGCAUGAGCCUCGCGUCGCUCGAUUGCCUGGUUUCCCCGUCCGCCUCGCUCGUUCCGGGCGAAACUUAUUUCCUCGCGCCGAGGCGCGCGUCCGCUCGCGAGGAAGCGGCUUUAAUCCGUCUCGCGACGCCGGCGUCUCCCGCGGCUUGGCCUGGCGCAUCCGCGUUCCGCGCGCCGGCGAGUCUCCCUCCGCGGAGCCCCCCCGCCGUGAGCGACGGCGAAAUUCCUCUAACGCAAGGCGACGCCGCCGGCGGGUGGGCUUACCGGCACAAUAUAGACGCGAGCGUCGCUAACAUGACGUUCCCGACGACGGCUGCGACAACGACGACGACAAUUGAGUCGAGUCAAGCAUCGUGGUCGAUUGCAUCGUCGUCGGCCGCCGAGUCGCCGAGCUGCGCCGGCGGCAGCAGCUCGCAGAGCGGCGAGGAAACCCUCGAGACCUGCUUCGCCGCGCAAGGAAGCUUCGGUUCGGGCCGAGGCAGCAGCUUCGGCUCGGGCCGAGCCGGCGGCGGCGGCGGCGGCGACGAUGAGGAGCCGUUCGAUUCCGAGUCGGAAUGGAGCCGACGCGAUCGGCUUGAUGCCACCAGUGGUGACGGCCGUUGCGCAGAGAUGAUGGGUGACGCGCUCCCCGCCGACUCGGAAGCGCGUGUCCUCUUCAAGUCGCGGACUUACAACGGCACGGGGCGCAGCAGCGGCGACUAUGCCAAGCUGGGGCUUCAAGCGGUAGAGGGUCCCUCGCGAAGCCACGUCGCCCCUUCGCCGCCAGCCACGGCGAAUGCUAUCCUCGCUGAGCUCGCCGCCCUCGAAGAGCAACACCCUGCUGAGGACGACGCUUGCUACAGCAACCCCGCCACCGCCACAACUGCUACAACCUCUCCCGGCCCGCCGCCGGCGCCCGCAGAAACUGCGUCGCUGAAAGCCAGGGUUCUGGCUGCGCUCGCCCGCUUCAACCUGCGCAAUCUGCGGCGCGCAGCAUCGUCCUCAACUUCUUCUUCCUCUGGCAGCAAGAGAGCCAUGGCUGCUGCUGCUGCCGCUGCUCCCCCGACUGGGGGAAGGGGGGAGGGAGCCGUGGCCAGGAGGGGGCUCAUCAGCCACGAUGCUGACCACCCGGCCGCUGCGGCUUUUGUCUCUAGUCGGGCUGUGCCGCUCAUGUGUGGUGAUGCUGAGUCAGCAGAGGGCUGGGCUGACGUGGACGGUCUGGUGCUCAUGAUGACGGACACGCGCAUCCGCCACCGCGCGCCGCCCGGUAGGAGGACCGCCGGUGUGGGGCGGCAGGGGGGAUUCGCACAGCAAGAACGCGGUGCUGGGGGGAGUGCCUGGGAGCAAGGGGCAUGGGAGCGAGGGGCACGGGAGCAAGCAUCAUGGGAGCAGGGAGCAGCAUGGGAGCAGGGGGCAUCAUGGGAGCAGGGGGGGGCAUCAUGGGAACCCCCUCCCCAGAUAACCUGGGGCGAACCGGGGACCAGCCAGCUGGCGUCGUUUUUCACAAGGCCUGGCCAGGUGGGGAUUAACUCGUCAGCUUCCCGCCAGCUCCAGCGCACUCCGUCCCUCACAGCCGAGUACGGCCGGUGCAAUGGCCUGAUGAUCGACGAGUGCUGCUGCUGUCCCUGUGGUCCCUGUGGUCCCUGUGAGGAAGGCUUGCAGGUUGAGUGCUGCGAUGGGUGGCAGAGCUUGUCCGAUCUGUUGGUACCUGAAACUGUGACGAGGCGAGGCGUGCAGGUCAGGCUGAGUGAGAGUGCACUAAGACAGCCAAGCAGUUAUGCAGUGGAACGAAAUGCAGCAGGGAGUAACGAAGUUGGCAGUAACGAGUACAGCAUGCCUCCCAGUAGCCAGAGAUUCCUCUCUGGACCGCUGCUGCUGCAAGCCACAUAUUAGAGUCCCCAGUUCACUGCUUGACUGCCAUCCUCUAGCGUCCUCAAGACUCCUCGCUCAAUAGAGAGCAGUAGGACUUUGCGUUUGAGUUGACUGCUGUUUGUUGUGUUGAGCCCAGCCAGCAGAUUUGUGUUAGCUGGCCGCUUGAACAAGGUACAGUUUUGCUUUCCUGUUGAUGUCCAGUAAGUC